UGUCAGCUUAACGGUUAGUCGGUUAACAACUUAACCUACAAAAAGUUGUAAAUUUAUAGAAUUUUUAUUCUUUAAUAAUCUUUAUGAUACAUUUAGAAUUGAAACUGUUUUUGCUAUUUAAAUUUGCAUUAGUAAAUCUCAAUUUUAAUUGUAUUUGAAAAGUUUUGAAAAACGUUGAGUAUAGGUAAGAUAAAUAUUAUAAAGCAUUGGCUUUGAAUAUUAUGCUAUUGUAGGUUUCCGUUACAGAUAAAAUGACUACCAACUUCACAUUUGGAACCGGUAGUCAGGCAACAGGGAAACCAGCUCAGACAUCAUUGUUCUCAAUGCCAACUGCAUCCAGCCAGGCUCCCACUGGCGGUUUCAGCCUUGGAGGAACAGGAGACAAUAAAUCUACUGGUCUCAAUUUAACAACUACUGCUACAACACAAGCACAACAAAAGCCGUUGGGAUUUACGAUGCCGACGAUGCAGCCCUCUGUGGCUGCAACGACAACAUCUGCAGCAGCCUCAACUACAGGCUUCAGCCUGGCAGGCACCCCCUCCACCCCCUUCUCGACAUCCUCUCUCUUCCCCGCCGCCUCCACCACUGCACCCCCGCCAACUCUCUCCCUCAAAACUACAGUUGCACCGCCGUCAACAACGGCCGCCACUUCAUUGGUCACGUCCACCAAUGUAACAGCUGCCCCAACCAGCAUUGGGACUGGCACAAGUAUGAACUUUGUACAGUUGGAAGAAACAAUCAACAAAUGGACAAUGGAACUUGAAGAACAAGAAAAGCUUUUUGUCAAUCAAAACACUCAACUCAUCGCUUGGGAUAUGCAGCUGGUUAAAAAUGGCGAAAAGAUAGUGGAACUGAACAAAUCACUGAUUGAGGUGAAAUUACUGCAACAACAACUGGAUCAUGAGCUGGACUUCAUCUUGGCUCAGCAAAGGGAGCUUGACGAGUGUCUCGGUCUGCUCAGCAAGGAGCUCUCUGCCAAUCCUGUCAACAUUGAUGCUCAGCGAGAGCAUACGUAUCAUAUGGCUGAAAGUUUGGAUACCCAGUUGAAGCAAAUGUCAGAGGAUUUGAAAGAAAUCAUCGAGCAUUUGAACGAAUCGAACCGAACCCAAGAUUCCAAUGAUCCUGUUAUUCAAAUUGGACAUAUUCUGAAUGCCCACAUGAAUUCAUUGCAGUGGGUUGAUGACCACGUAAUACAAAUACAAAACAAGCUCGAUGAAGUGACCAAACUCCACGACGUUCAUAGGAGAGAAAAUGAACGAUCUUUUUAAAAAAUAAUUUUUCAACGUUUUUGCUCCUCAGGGUUAGUAAUAAUUAUUAAAUGGCCUCAAUACUAUUCAAAAGAACUUGAAGGUAUUUCAAUCCUUUGUUGUAAAACCGUUCAAAUAGAGAGUAAUUGACAUAGUUUUUUAAUUGUGUAAAACAUGCAAGUAUGAAGUGCUUCUUGCACUAAUCUCAAUUUUAUUAAUGAUUCUAUUGAUUAAAUGUUCUUGAAUUCAAGAUGAUUAUAAAAAGGACGCCACAUUCUAAUUUACCAACUAAAUAACUUUGAAGAUGAGAAUUAAUUUGUGAGUCUAGUACUAAGGAUUUUUCAUCUUAAUAUUGUUGUUCAUUGUUCAUAUAAAUCUGAUCUCAUGACGUUGAUAGCAUACUGUAACGUUUCUUUGCAUGGAUUUUCCAAAUUUCUUAACUGUAUUAUAAUGUGCUUCAUUUAAUAAAAUAUUAAUUUUGUGGUAUUAAAAAUUAAUGCUUGUACA